UAAUUUCAACAUGGCGCCCGGUUGUGCGGAGUGUGUAUGUGUGUGAAAGUGCAGUGAAAUUAUGUUAAAAUAUCAAGUGUUUUUAGUGAUAAAUUUAGUGUUUAAGUGAAAAGUGUGUGCAUUCAUGCAGCGGUUUUCCUAUAAUGGCUUUGGAUUUACGCCUGCACUCUCCUGCAGGCGCAGAACCUGUUGUUUAUACAUGGCCCCUCACUUCAGGUCAUGGUUCGGACAAACACGAUGGGGCUCUGGAAAUAGUAGAAACAAUAAGGUGGGUAUGCGACGACGUGCCGGACAUGAAGGCCGCCCUCGAGAACAACAUCCUGAGCGACUACGACACCCACUCGUACGAGAGCAUGCGAGCUCUCUGCGACCGCUACAACCGCGCCAUCGACUCUGUCGUCGCAUUGGAGAAGGGAACAUCACUGCCAGUUCAGCGUCUAAACAAAUAUCCUUCUCGAGGGCUGCUAAAACACAUACUCCAGCAGACGUAUAACCAAGCCGUCGCAGACCCGGACAAGCUCAAUCAAUACGAGCCCUUCUCACCGGAGGUAUACGGUGAGACGUCAUACGAGCUGAUAGCUCAGAUGAUCGAUCAGAUCGACAUCACAUCGGAGGAUGUGUUCGUGGAUCUGGGCUCGGGCGUGGGGCAGGUCGUGCUGCAGAUGGCGGCCGCGACCCCCUGCCGGAUCUGCUUCGGAGUCGAGAAGGCGGAGGUGCCGAGCAAGUACGCUGAGUGUAUGGAUUCAAACUUCAAAAUGUGGAUGAGGUGGUAUGGCAAGAAGUAUGGAGAGUAUAAAUUAAUAAAGGGCGACUUUCUUAUGGACGAACACAGAGAGAAGAUAAACGCCGCGACGAUAGUGUUCGUGAACAACUUCGCCUUCGGGCCCCACGUGGACCAUCAGCUCAAGGAGAGAUUCGCCGACUUGAAGGACGGAGCCAAGAUCGUGUCGUCCAAAAGCUUCUGCCCACUCAACUUUAGGAUAACGGACAGAAACCUGAGCGACAUCGGCACGAUCAUGCACGUCAGCGUCAUGUCGCCGCUGAAGGGCUCCGUGUCGUGGACUGGGAAGCCAGUCUCGUACUAUUUACACAUUAUAGAUAGGACCAAAUUGGAGAGAUAUUUUCAAAGACUGAAAAAUCCGAAACUCAAGGUCAGCAUAAGUGAGGAUGGCAAGCGCAACCUGAGCGCGCCGCCGACGCGGCAGCCGACGCCGGACCUGCUCAACGGGAACAGCAACCACAGCUCCGCCUCGCUGCCCGAGCGCCGCCGCAAGGUCACCCGGCCCCGGCCCCGGCCCCAAGCUGGCAGGGGCGAGGCGGGGCGGACGCGCGCGCGCGCGGCGGCGGCCAAGCGGCGCGUGGCGGCGCGGCGCUCCAGCGACGACAGCGACGACGACUCCUCCGCCACCGACGACGCGCCCGGCCCCGAGCCCGCGCCGCGCGAGUGGGGCGCGCCCUGGGCCUCCAGCUCCGACUCCAACCGCAGCCGGCGCGGCACGAGCAAGCGCAGCGCGUCGGCGGGCGGCGCGCGGCGGCGGGCGGCGCGCAGCAGCAAGCGGCGCCGCGCCGCGCCGCAGGCCAUCGCCGGCCUCGACCUGCUGCACGACACCACGCUCGCCUCCACCGAGCGCAGCGGCGCGGAAACGGCACCGCCGCCAGGCUGCGUAGGCCAGCGCCUGUCGGCCCUGGGCGGGCUGCAGUCGGCCGAGCGCCUGCACUCGGAGCUGGACAUCCCGCGCUCGCCGCACACGCCCUACAGCCUGCAACUGUUGCUCGACAUGUUCCGCGAUCAGUACCUCGCCUUCAUACAGCGCAUGAACUCGCCCGAGUUCGCGCACGAGAUCCGGCACCAGAUCGACAAGGAGAAGGAGCGUAACCAAAAGCUGAAGUCGCGCGCGUCGCAACUGGACAAACAGAUCAACGUGCUGAUAAGCGACAGCGUGGCGCUGCUGAAGGCGCGCAUGACGGAGCUCGGCAUCCACGCCAACAACACCGUGGACCUGCUGGCCAAGGCCAAGGAGAUCGUCGGCCGCCACAAGGAGCUGCAGAGCAAGGCCAGCAAGCUGCAGCAGCAGGUGAACAACAUAGAGGCGGAACAGGCUAUGCUCGUUAAACAACGGACGUUUGAAAUAACAGAAAAGUAUCGUCAAUUAGGCCACAUACCGCCUGACAUCGAGAUCACUCAGAACAUAGCACACGACUGCAUACUCAGAGAGAUAACGGCCACGCUAGCUCACCGGAAAAGGUUACAAGCUCAAGUCGGGCACUUACAAGGAGAAAUCAUCCAAAUGGAAAGAGCGAGCGAGCAUCAGAAGGUGAACGCGCCGUCCGUUCCCGUUGCGACUGUGAAACCCCAUACGGUGAACUCGAAACCCCGCAAGUCCCGAGAGCACCGCUCGCGCUCGCAAGAGUGGCCCGACGUGCCCGACAUGGGCAAGAUUGAGGAGCAAAACCCGGAGCUACUGGCGCAGAAGAUUCUGGAAACCGGACGGCAGAUUGAGGCCGGCAAGAAGACGCCGAACGUGAUCGUGAACGGGUACCUGCGCGACGAGCACCGCGGGGGUGGCGCGGUGUCCCCGCGGCCGCGGCCGCUGCACCGCGCGCCGCCGCAGCCGCCCCGCCCCGCGCGGCCGCGCUCGCCCGGCAAGCCGCUCAACGUCGUCGGCAAGGUGCAGGAGUCCCCCAAGGUCAUCAACUUCGAGGACCGCCUCAAGAGCAUCAUCACCUCCGUGCUCAAUGAGGAUCAGGAGCAACGUAAAGCUUCGCGGCAGCCGCCAACUCCAAAUCACGCGUACAGCAACGGCUACGUGCGGCAGCCGGCGCAGCAACCCCACCCGCCGCAGCACUCGCAACACUCGCAGCACUCGCAACACUCGCAGCACUCGCAACACGCGCCGCACCCGCCGCACUCCCCGCACGGGUACUCGCGCGCGGCCGCGGCGGCGCCGGGCUUCCCGCGCUCGCGCGACUACCGCCGCGAGCGCUACUCGCACGCGCAGUACGAGCGCCGCGCGCACCUCGAGCGCGACCUGCGCCACCAGCCCGACUACACGCAGGUAUCGCCAGCGAAGCUAGCAUUGCGGCGUCAUCUGUCGCAGGAGCGCCUGGCCACGCCGGCGCCUGCGCGUACCAUCGGCGACCUGGUCAACGGCGAGAUCGAGCGCACGCUCGAGAUCUCCAACCAGAGCAUCAUCAACGCCGCCGUGCACAUGUCCGCGCGCUACCAGGACCCGCCGCACCAGCCGCUCGAAGGUCUAGCGGCGUGCCUGCAAGCGCGCGUGCUGGCGUCGGAGUACUGGCGCGGGCGCAACGGCGGCGGCGCGGCCCCGGCCGGGCCCGACGACGAGCGCCGCCGCUCGCCGCCGCCCGACCCGCACUCCAACACCUCCACGCCGCUCGUAGACGAGUUGCCCGACGCGUCGAGGCCCAACGAAGGCGAAGGCGGCGAGGAAGUCGAGGAGAGCAAGUGGCAGGACCGAAUAGACUUUCGCUUCGACCAGAUAAUAUCGUUCGCGUCCACCGCGAUCGACGACAAGCGGCGGCGGUCGGACGAGGCGUACAACACGUCGCCCGACUCGGGCAUCGGGCACGGCGACACGCGCUUGGGCGCGGCGGGCGGCGCGCCGGGGGCGGGGGCGGGGGCGGGCGCGCGCGCGGCGCCGGGGGCCGCGCCCGCGCCCGCGCGCGCCGCGUCGCCGGCCGCGCCGCACCCGCACCCGCACCCGCACCCGCACCAGCACCAGCACCAGCACCAGCACGCGCAGGCGCAGGCGCACCACUUCAAGAAGCGCUUCUUCCGGCGCGAGCGCUGGGACGCAUGGUCGGGCGCGCCGCCGCCCGCCGCCGUGGACUGGGAGCGGCCGGCGAUGUGACGGCCGCGCACCUAGCGCUGCCCGGAGUGCCGCUUCGUCCACCCGUGCCCCGAGGGGCCCGCCCUAGAGUAAUUCCUGUCGGCCCGCCGCCGCCGAGAGAGGACGCGGCGGAUCUAUGUAAAUAGUGCCCCGCGAGUCGCGAGCGCUUUUCGCCCGGCGCCCGAGGUCGGCCGCUUUCGUGCCGACCGUGACGGUUUUUUUUUGUUAUAUUUUCGAAUAUAUUAUAAUGUAAUUAUGUAUAUUAUUGAGUUUAUCUUAUGUUUAAGAAUUGUAAUUAUGAUAAUUAUAAGUUUACGCGGCCGUUCCAUUCGGGCGCUUCGUAGGUCGACGGCACCUCGACGGAUCGUAUUUCAUGUGUUCAUUUAGGUCCUAGAUUCUGAAAUACGUGGGUCGCUAGUGAUGCGGCGGUCGUUCUUUCGCCGGUCAUUCGAUGAAUGUUUGUUGUUUUAUGAGUUUUAUUUUUUGACGUUACGGAUGGCUCAGUCUGAAUAAUGUUAAUCAUUUCUUUGGGGAAUCUUAAGAAAUAGUGUGUAUCGAUAGCGAGUUGUACAUAUAAUGAACGUAGACUAUUAUAAGUGAUGUAUGUGAAGGAUCAUUGUGUAGUCUCGUUUGAUGCCUGUAAUACUGACAACUGACUGGCGCCAAAUUACUGACUGAAACUGCAGUUGUUGCCUUAGCCGCAUUCGUAAUGUUAUUUAUUACACUGCGACGACGUUAAUUUUUUAUUUAAUCUACAAAGAAAGAAGCAAUAACUUACGCGAAUUAGGUUUCUAUAUUACCUCGGUACGGGUCGACUAGAAAAUUAGUUAUAUGUCAGCGCAAUUAAAAAUAAAAACUAGCUUGUAAAUAGGAUUAUGAAGUACUCUUUCAGCCAAAAGUUUCUUAACACUAGCAUGGGUGGCCUGACAUAUUAACUGUGAUGUUUUAUACUAUGAAACUGGAUCAGAUUGAUCUAAACAUGAUUACCUGUAACAGACCGGCAGCAAGAUUUUAGUCCAUUUCUUUAAGUGUGUACGUAUACGAUGUUUUUAACAGUUUAACUAGCAUUAUAGGGUGCUGUUUUAUUUAUUUUUUCUUAUUAGGAUUAUUACGUACGUCUAAAUUGUAUAGUGCCAAAUGAUCAUGUGGUCUUUUAGAAAAUAUUUAAUUUUUUGUAAGAUAAAAUGUACAUUUUAAUUUGAUUUUGUUAAUUUUGCAUGGAAACGCACAAUUUUAUUAGGUUUGAUUUUUUAAAUGCGGCUCUACAGAUCGUGGCUACAUUGUUUUAGCAAUGUUUUUAAGUUACAGCAAGCUAUAGCUUGGUUCUUACACAUGAUAGGGUUCAACAAUCUUUGAUCUCUAUUCCUAGAAUAAUCUUACACGUUUUAAACAUGCCGCGGCCACGGCUAUCUAUGAAACUCGUUAGAAUAUCGCUUUUCAUUAUCAAGGAACUGCCACAUUAUACACUCAAUUAGAAAAAGUCUACACUAGUAAUUAUUUAGAUUUAGAGGUCGCGAAGACGUAUCAAUUAGACAAAACGUUCCGUAACCCAUAUUGUUCAAUAGGUAAGGGAAUCCCAGAAGUAAGUGGAAAAAACCUAAGUGUUCAUGUCUUAUAUAGUUCAUUUUUUUUUUUAGUUUAAAAAUGUAUCUGUCUAAAAUGGAUUUUAGUACCAUUUUAUUAACGUAGGUUUUUCAUAUGGCUAAAACGUUUUUAAUGUAAAUUGCAAGUUAAAGUAUAGAAUCGGAAGGUGUUAUAUUUAACUGAAAUGUAUAUAAAAGAAAGCUACUCACUGCCAUCAUCGGGUAUUAGGAAAAUAGUUAAUUAUUUAGGUGAAUUAUAAUUUUUUACCUUGUACUUAUUUCUGGGACAACCCGAAGAAUAGAUCGGCUAGCAAAUUGAUUUUAAUGUAGGUGUACAAUAUAUAGAACUAUUUUCAUAAAAAGAAAUAGGAGAUAUGAGCGAUUUCUAGUUGCAGGUUGUUAUAAAAACAAAAUCGGUGUAUGCCAGGCAAUGUUGCAUGUAUUGAGUUAUAAUUACAAACCAUAGGUACCUGUUCAUAAACACUAAACUUACUUUAACGAUUGAUUGAAUCUCUGCUGAUAUUAAAUCAAAAACAUAUUUUCCUAGUAAAAAUACUUCAUUGACUAUCUUAAUCUCGUAUUCUCUUAAGAACAAUACAAGUAUAUAUUUCACGUGUUAAAUGUUUGUGAACAGGCCGCGUCCACACUGCUUUUUCGGCUCAGAGUCGUGCAUCGAACACAUUUACACGGCGCCACGCGGCGGUCGACGUUCGGUGGACGUGCUCUCACUUGCGCCAAAUCAUGGAUCAAACUAAAGGGACAGACACAAUUAAGUAAUUUCGCCCACUUGGACUAAUCCGCCUUCUAGAAUUAAGAAUUCCAUACUGGAAGAUAUGAUGUCUAUCAAGCGAAAUAUUUUAUAAAUCUAAUAUUUUGAUAGAAUUCUGCGAGUUUAUGUAACAAUGGAAUAGGUAGUUUUUGUUACAACAUUCUUGGCGAAACUAACCUUUUUUAUAUGUAUAUGUUACACCGCAUAAUUAUUUCGAAAUUAUGAAGUUGUUUUAUCACUUCAUUGAAUUCAAUUGGAUGUGCACCUAUUGUUACAGAUUAAAAUUGGCACAACAUUGUUCUGUAGUGUUAUGGGUAAUUUAUUAUAGUAACAUGGUAAUAAUAAUAAUCAGAGACCAUGAACGAUAUUGGGCUUAUUGAAUGAGAUUUUCAAGAUUUAAUGUUUGUAAUACAGAAACGACUCUCAUGAAAUUACAUGUUACAAGUGCAGCUGAAUAAUAUUUGGUGAUGAUCUGUUUUUCUGGCGUCGUUUUUUGUAUUUUGAGCAUUGGACUGCACUGGUUUGAUUGUGCCUGAAAAAACUCAUUAAUGCCGCUCCAAACCUCAAAAUUAUGUAUUUGAUGAAUACUUUAUAAGUUAGUGUUAUGUCAACAUGUGUUGACCAAUUAUACUCUCGGAGAGUGAUAACAUUAUUCAGGAUUAGCUAAGUUUUAUUUUUUGAUGGGGAAAUGAGCUAUAGUGUGAGGUCAUAGUGUCUAAAAUAGUACAAAUGAGAAGACUUAUUGUGGUAAGGCUCGGACUAUUCAACAUUGCAAAUGCUAGGUUUGAGAUGUAUCCCUGUGUACUAGUUUUAUUUUGUACUAAAAGUUAAAAUAAAUUAAUAAUUAUACUCA